GGGGCGGCGGCGGAGGCAGCCCGGGGAAGGCGGCGAGGGCUGCCCCGCCGCUCGGGCUGGAAGUUUGCUGCUGGAAAGGGAGAGAAAAAAGGGGAAAAUUAAUAAUAACAAUAAUAGGAAUAGGAAAGAGUAAUAAUAAUAAUAAUAUAAAAAUAUAUGAUCAUCACCAUCAUAAUAUAGGAGGGAUAAGAAGAAGAGGAAUAGGAAUAGCUCGAGGCUGCUGCCCCGGAGGGAUGCGGGGGAGCGCGGCCGCCGGGAGCCCCCCGGCUGCGGGCAGGACCCGGGGCCGGCCGUGAGCGCUCGCCCCGGGAGGGCCGGGCCGGGGCCGCCUCCCGCCCUGCCCAGCCUCCGCGCAUCCUCCGGCACCGCCUGCACGGGCCGAGGUGUGCCGUGCCGAGCCGUGCCGAGCCGUGCCGAGCCGUGCCGAGCCGUGCCGUGCCGUGUCGGUGUGAUCCGAGCCGUGCCGAGCGGUAGGAUGAGGGGCAUCCUCUACUUCUGCACGCUGAUCCUCCUGGAAGGUAUGGCGGAAGCUGUCAGCUCGAGCAGGGACUGCCUCCAAGCAGGCGAGUCCUGCACCAACGACCCCAUCUGCAGCUCCAAAUUCAGGACCCUCCGGCAAUGCAUCGCAGGCAACGGAGCCAACAAGCUGGGCCCCGACGCCAAGAACCAGUGCCGGAGCACGGUGACGGCCCUGCUCUCCAGCCAGCUCUACGGCUGCAAGUGCAAGCGGGGCAUGAAGAAGGAGAAGCACUGCUUGAGCGUCUACUGGAGCAUCCACCAUACGCUGAUGGAAGGUCAGUUGGGCAUGAACGUACUGGAGAGUUCUCCUUAUGAGCCAUUCAUCAGGGGCUUUGAUUACGUCCGGCUGGCCUCCAUCACGGCAGGCUCUGAGAACGAAGUGACCCAGGUGAACCGCUGCCUGGAUGCCGCCAAAGCCUGCAACGUGGACGAGAUGUGCCAGCGGCUGCGGACCGAGUACGUCUCCUUCUGCAUCCGCCGCCUGGCCCGGGCCGACACCUGCAACCGCUCCAAGUGCCACAAGGCCCUGCGCAAGUUCUUUGACCGCGUGCCGCCCGAGUACACCCACGAGCUGCUCUUCUGCCCCUGCGAAGACACGGCCUGCGCCGAGCGCCGGCGGCAGACCAUCGUUCCCGCCUGUUCCUACGAGUCCAAGGAGAAACCCAACUGCCUGGCGCCCCUGGACUCCUGCCGGGAGAACUACGUCUGCAGGUCGCGCUACGCAGAGUUCCAGUUCAACUGCCAGCCGUCCCUGCAGGCUGCGAGCGGCUGCCGGCGGGAGAGCUAUGCUGCCUGCCUGCUGGCGUACACCGGCAUCAUAGGCAGCCCCAUCACUCCCAACUACAUCGACAACUCGACCUCCAGCAUAGCUCCCUGGUGCACGUGUAACGCUAGUGGCAACCGGCAGGAAGAGUGCGAGAGCUUUCUGCGCCUCUUCACCGACAACAUCUGUCUCCAAAAUGCCAUCCUGGCCUUUGGCAAUGGGACCUACCUGAACGCAGCCGUGGCCCCAUCCAUCCCCCCCACCACACAGAUGUACAAGCAGGAGCGAAACGCCAACAGAGCUGUGGCAACCCUCAGAGAGAACAUCUUCGAGCACCUCCAGCCGACCAAGGUGGCCGGGGAGGAGCGGCUCCUGCGGGGCUCCACUCGCCUGUCCUCAGAGGCCUCCAGCCCAGCAGCUCCGUCCCUCCAGGCAGCCUCCCCGCUGCACUCGUGGCUUCUCCCCGCUCUGGCCGUGCUGAGCCUCCUGGUGAUGUGAGGCAGGGCGGGCACACGCCAGGCAGUGACUCUCUUUGUGUCGGUUUCUCUAAAAAAA